AAGCCGGUGCUGGAGAGAUGGCGGCGGGGCCGGAGUCGGAGGGAGAGGAGGUGCCCGAUUCUGGAGCUGUUUUUACAUUUGGCAAAAGCAAAUUCUCAGACAAUGUUCCCAGCAAGUUCUGGCUGAAAAAUGACAAAGCUAUCUCUAUCAGCUGUGGGGAUGAACACUCUGCAUUCAUAACUGAAAACGGCAAGUUAUAUAUGUUUGGGAGCAACAACUGGGGUCAGCUAGGUUUGGGAACAAAGAAUACCAUCAACAAACCCACUUGUGUAAAAGCACUGAAAUCAGAGAAAGUGAAACACGUUGCUUGUGGGAGAAAUCACACAUUAGUUUGCACAGAACAAGGAAAUGUUUAUGCUACUGGUGACAACAGUGAAGGACAGUUGGGCCUGGGAGAUACUGAAGGAAAAACAACAUUUCAACUUGUAGAGUUCUUCACAAAUAAGCAAAAAAUAAAACAUCUGGCAGCUGGAUCAAACAUUUCAGCAGCUUUAACUGAGAAUGGGAACCUCUUUAUGUGGGGUGACAAUUCUGAAGGACAAAUCGGCCUUGAUAGCAAAAACAAUGCCAGUGUGCCACAUCAAGUAGAUGUCGGAAAACCAAUUUGCUGGGUUUCCUGUGGAUAUUACCAUUCUGCCUUUGUAACAGAUGAUGGACAGCUCUACGCUUUUGGAGAAUCUGAUAAUGGAAAGCUGGGAUUACUGCUUGAUCACCCAAUAAAUCAUCGGAUCCCUCAGCCUGUCAGUGGUAUUUCAGGAAAAGUCAACCAAGUUUCCUGUGGGGGAGAUCAUACCAUUGUUCUUGCAGAGGAAGAUGUGUAUGCAUUUGGCUUUGGCCAAUUUGGCCAGUUAGGACAUGGCACAUUCAUUUUUGAAUCUUCAUUGCCAAAGGUGGUAGAACAUUUGAAGAAGAAGAAUGUAAGGUUUAUUUCGUGUGGGGAGAAUCAUACUGCUGUAGUGACAGGUAAUGGCCUUUUGUAUACCUUUGGAGAUGGACGUCAUGGCAAGUUGGGACUUGGGGAAGAGAAUUUUACCAAUCAAUUCAAACCUACUCUUUGCUCUAAAUUUUUGAAGUUAGCAGUUCAAUCAGUUGCCUGUGGAGGAUGUCAUAUGCUUGUACUUGCCACACCCAGACCAAAAGAUUCAGAAAAUGUUGUGAUUGAGGAUGAUGACAUAAAUGAGAAUUAUUUGACUGAUACUUAUUCUACGACACUGGGCAAUUCAAGUACACCUAGCACGUUACGUCGAGCAUUAUCAGCACGUAUUAGGCGUCGAGAACGAGAAAUGUCUCCAGAUAAGUUUGGUCAGCUGGCACGCACAUUACCUCCAAUUGGAGCUAGUCUCCUUAAUUCCUCCCUGCCCAUCAGUAGUCAGACAAUUCCUGGGAUGAAAGUUGCUGAAGAAAACCUCGUUGCCUCAAAGCCAAUUAGUGACGUUCAAAUCUUUGAAGAAUCACCAUCUCCCAACAUAGUUCCAAGGAUCAAAGAGAUAAAAAAUUCUCAGAGAAACUCUGCUGAAGAAGAAUCUGAAGAGGAAAAUGAUAAAGGCCUUGGCGACACCACUGAUUUGUUGAACAUGACACAUACAGUGAUUGUGAAUCCUCACGACAAGACUUUGACCUUAUCACCAGUUCACAAGGAACAGAAGGAAAUUCUACAAGAUGAAGAGGUUAAAGAUGAGAAUGAAGAGGAGGAUAAAGCGGAAGUGAAUGAAAAUGUAGAUGAGGUGGAUAAUGGUGCAACAAUAGCAAAAAAAGAACAAGAAUCUAUUAAUGAGAGAGAGAUUGACAUAAGUGAACAGGUAACAUCAAUUAAUAGUGAGAAAACAGAAUCUGAAGAAGAUGAGCAAGAUCAUCAGAAGAAUGAAGAUGCAAGGAGUUUAAGAGAAAAUGAAGACUCAAAAAGCAUAGGAGAAAAUGAAGGCGUAGAAAGUUUAAGAGAAAAUGAAGAUGUAGAAAGCUUAGGCAAAAAUGAAGAUGUAGAAAGCUUAGGCAAAAAUGAAGAUGUAGAAAGCUUAGGUGAAAAUGAAGAUGUAGAAAGCUUAGGUGAAAAUGAAGAUGUAGAAAGCUUAGGUGAAAAUGAAGAUGUAGAAAGCUUAGGUGAAAAUGAAGAUGUAGAAAGCUUAGGCGAAAAUGAAAGUGUAGAAAGCUUAGGCGAAAAUGAAAGUGUAGAAAGCUUAGGCGAAAAUGAAAGUGUAGAAAGCUUAGGCGAAAACGAAAGUGUAGAAAGCUUAGGCGAAAACGAAAGUGUAGAAAGCUUAGGCGAAAACGAAGACACAAAAUGUUCAGGAGAAAACAAAGAUGCAAAAUGUUCAGGAGAAAACGAAGACUCAAACGUUUCUGGAGAAAAUGAAGACACAGAAGGUUCAGGAAAAAACGCAGGCACAAAAGUUUUAGGAAAAAACGAAGACACAAAAGGUUCAGGAGAAAAUGAAGACACAAAAGUUUUAGGAAAAAACAAAGACGCAAAAGGUUCAGGAGAAAAUGAAGACACAAGUCCAGAACAAACUAAAAAAAUCAUAAAAGAGAAAAAAUUAAAUGGCUUAUUCAAUAUAACUAAAAAUAUGACACGACUUAAAGGAAAUUUUACCAAAGAUUCUGAAGCGAAGGAAGUGCACAAGAAAAUAAAAUCAGAAGUAUCAGUCAAAGAAAACUCAACUGGAGAUGAAAUGAAAACUGCAAGUCUGAACAAUUCUUCAGAAAAUAUUGAAGACACCGCUUCAUCUAAUGUGAACAAAACAGAUUCAAUACGGAGUGGUUUUAAAAAUAAAUAUAAAUCAAUUACUUGUGUGUUGGUGUAAAGACCCAACGGGCAAGGAGCGGCAACAGAUUCCUUCUAAACAGUUCACAAGAACAAUUUGCACUUUAACUAUAUGGCAUCCCAAAACGUAGCCUUUUUCUACUUAUGUACAAUCAAUAAUUAUGUGUCUAUAUAGGCAUCAGUGUUAUUAGAAUCACUGUCUAUGGAGACCUGUAAUGAAACCUUCGAUAAUAAGCAACUUGGUUUUAUGCUUACAGGGUUUCAAUAAUAGUAACAACGUAAUGUUUCAAUAAAUGUUUUGAUCAGGAUAAUGUAAAUUGGUAUAUUUUUAUAUGAUUUGAAUGUUUCGGAACUGUGGCUUUAAUGGUGCUUUUCUAACUUUGUCACUUGCUAGAAAACUGGCCGUUUUUCAAUGUGAAUAAUUCAUAAUUUUAUGGCAGAUGUAAAUAUUUUGUCAAAUGUUUGAAAACAUUGUCCUCAAUAUAAUUUCUUAACAGUACUUUAAAACAUUUUAUAUUAAUAUUAGAUUUUACUUUUUGAAUGGAAAACUGUCAAAUCAAUUUGAGGUCAUACAUAAAAUGGGAUUCUCCACAAUUCUCAUGUUUUUCAGAAAGUAACCAAAUAAAGAAAUUUAGUGUGUGAUAUUUCAGCAGAAUGAAGUGACAAAGUGUCUUUUCACAGUGAAACAAUGUUACCAUAGAUUUCCUGAUUUAUAGCUGCUGGUUUGAAUUUACAAUAAGCUGUUAAAUAUGAUAAAUUGUAAGUGCCUUUAAGAACAUAAAUGUGGAAUAAAAUGUGAAAAAUCACAGUUUUGUUUUUUGUAAUACAGCUGCAUUUUAGCUGCUUUAGUCUUGUUUUUGCAGCAGUAGUUUCAGCUAUAACUGUAAUAUUCUUUUUAGUGAAUAGUAAUAAUUGUGUAGAUACUGUCAAAAUCUUUCACUAUAUAAAACGCUGGAAUUGUGAAACAUGUUUUAAUGAAGUGGUUCUACUUUAUUUGCCAUGAUUUUUGUACCUCUGUAUUUGACUAGUUUGUUACAGCUGCAUUUCAAACUCCUAAAUGCCUAAGCCUAUGGCCAUCCAUUUACUCCCAUAAUGCUGCAGCUCCCAGUUUGCUCAACUACUCCCUCACCUCUUUUUUGAUGACCUUGUCCCCAGCAAAACCUUCACUGUCUCCUACACUUGACCUUCCCCUGCUUUGGCUUUUAACCUCACUCCCCAAAGCAUAAACUUAGACCGUAAGACGU